AUGGACGUGACGAAGGAGGCGCGCGCGUCCCCACUGCCCUCGACGACCGGUGCGCCUGCGCAGCCACAACCACAGAUAUGCGCUGGCUGCAGUAAGGUGAUAACAGAACGUUAUCUGCUAAAAGCCUUGGAUCAGCUGUGGCAUGAAGACUGUUUGAAGUGCGGCUGCUGUGACUGUAGACUGGGCGAGGUUGGACAUACUUUGUACACGAGAGCCAACCUUAUAUUGUGCAAGAGGGAUUAUUUGAGGUUAUUCGGUAACACUGGUUACUGCGCCGCCUGUAACAAAGUGAUCCCGGCCUUUGAGAUGGUGAUGCGCGCGCGCAGCAACGUGUACCACCUAGAGUGUUUCGCCUGCCAGCAGUGCAAUCACAGAUUCUGCGUCGGUGAUAGAUUCUAUUUGUGCGAGAACAAAAUCUUGUGCGAGUACGAUUACGAGGAGCGUUUAGUUUUCGCUAACAUGGCCUACAACCCGCCGCCGCUCGCUCAUCUCAAGAGACAGACGACGCACCUGCCGCCACCAUCGGAAGAUUUUCUUAAACAGACAAGCAACCCUAUCGGCCUCAUGAACGGAUCAAGUCGUUCUGGCGAUCUUAACAACAACAUGUCAGGAUCUUCCCCAGCUUCCUUCGCACCACCCUCGCACCUCAAGCCGCUAGGCUUGUCAGCGUCCAGCUGA